AAGACUUACACUUUGUUAAAUUUGGCUGCCAUUUCUCACCAUUACUGAUAUGUAGCACUACCAUUUCCACCAGUGCAGUAUAAUACAGGGGUAAAUCAACAGUCCAGUUAACAUAAUGAAAGUAAGACUAGAAUCACAUCUAUUCCCAGUCUCUUUUAUCUCUCACAGAAAGAUACACCCGUGCAACAAUAAAGAUGUGUACGAAAGGCAAGGUGCUUAUAGCACAAUUUCCAGGUCCUUGACCUUAAUGAAAGCAUUUGCACUGAAGUUUUGCUGGUGAAAAUCCCCCCUUCUCCUUAGUAUAAAUGGCUGAGAGAUGCAUAAGGAAACAAAGAAUCAAGUGCUAAAAAUUGCUCUGAACUAAUUUUUGUUGGUGUCUUGUUCAGGCACUUGAAAGGUAAAUUCCUUUGUAGUUAUCUAUUUUUGGUAGUAUCAAAAGAGUAAUCUGGCUCUAUCCAUGUUCUCUUUCUGCCUCCAACUCUACUCCCAUCUCACCCCUCCUUCCAUGGGAAAAUUAGUAACAUUCACAUGAAAAAGAUUAAUCAAAAUCUCAAUGAAUCCCAUAGUGUUUUUAUGGACUGUCAUGUCAAGGACUAAUUGAUGGAUGUCUGAUCACAAAGCUUCCUGUGAGGCAGUUGUAGCCAACUGAAGUAAUCACAAUGCGACUACAAUCAAGUGCUUGGAGCAUUUACCUUAAAGCACAGCUAGUGAUAACACUCUCUGAAGGAAUGUAAAAAGAUAAAUCAUCCUACAAUCUAGCCUACAUUACCACUGAAGUGUCUGGUCCUUAGGUUAAUGAUGUGAUCAUCAGCCUCAGACAGAACGAACAGCUUGCACUACAUAUUUACAUACAUGGCUUCUCUUAUUACAAAGCACAUGUUCCCUUUUGCUGGUAAUAUCCUGCAUCAGUGCAGCCUCUCCGGAGUACCUCAAAACCUAUUUCAAACCGCACUAACAACACAACCUCUGUAGAAAGUGUAACAAAAAGUAGCAUUGCCGUGACAGGUGUGGUGGUCUGUGGCUACAAGUAAACACGGUUUCUAGAGAAAGGAUAUACCUUUCAUUUGAUUAACUGAUAAAUCUAGGAAAACCAGGCACACUUUCGCAUACCCAAAUUGCUCCUCAAGUGUGAAGCUACAGCAUCACUCUUCAAAGUGGAGUGCGAGCUGAGAACCAGCUGGGAAUAUUCUAUUCAUUGCACAGAUGAAAUACUACAGCAUCUGAGUGCUUGGCAGAAAUUUUUAAAAAUUACUUUCCUUCUUUUUCAAUGUCUAAUUUUUCAACCUUCCUAUUUCCAGUAAGAGAAUUUUCCCUGCUGACACUUCCCUGAGCCUGCGUUUAAUCCCCAGUCCGGUCCACAUCUUUCCUGCACUGGUUUUCCUGGCAAACUGCCUGCGUUCAAUCUCCAGUAAUCUUCGUGACCCUCCAUCCUAUCUACACUUAUCUGCCCUCCUUUAAAUCAUGUUCCUGCUUUGCUCACAUCUUCCUGGUGCCGUGCUGAACAGAAACGAACGUGGAGCCUUGCACCUUCCUUACAAGGGUUGCCACGAAGUUGAAACGAACACGCAAAACACUGCACAGCUGGACAGAGGGUCGGCGUGCUAUCUGCACGGAGGACGCAUUCAGGGGCUCCUCUGCAUCGCCCCCUUUCACACCCUGCUGCCGCCAGGAGCCGUCAGUUCGCACGGAUCGGGAAUGGGCUCUUCCAAACGGCUCCUGCCUCAGCCCGGCUGGCUAACUGAGGCUGGAGAGCAUCUCUCCCCGCCUUUUUUUUCCUCCACCGGCAGGCCCAGCCCGCCCGCAGCAGCUCGUCCCGGCAGGCAGGCAGGCAGGCGGGCGGGCAGGCACACCCGCACACCCCCGCCGGCUCCGCGGCCGCAGCGUGCCCGUGGUCCCUGGCUCCCGGCCAGGCUGCAGUGCCCUGCUCCGCUGCGGGUCCCUUCCCCCGCCGCACCUCCAGCCCUGGCGCGCAGCCUGCCUGCCUCAGCAUCACGCAGCCGGCUGUGCCCAGACCUCCCCCUCCUCCCCCUCCGCGGGGAAGCCUGCAGAGCUGCUUCAGCCCCCCAGCUCCGCAUGGGCUACGGGGCCUGCGGCGAGGAGAGCGGGGCGGCACCCGGCACGCUGUCCCCGCCUGCGGGGUGCUUGGCGGCUCCCGCUAUUCCCCGACGAGAAGGGAGAAAGGAGGUGCUGAAUCAUCGCCCAGCCAGCUUCCCUGGCUCCGCUCCACAGGUGGCCAAGGCCAGGGCCAGAACACAGCCUGUCUGCCAUGCUGCAAUCCUAUACCUUACGGGCUGGUUCCUCCCGGGACCUUUUGGACCAAAAAGAAACCCCAUGCGCUCUACCACAUCAGGGUGCGUACAGGAGCACAUAACGUUCUGAGUCAGCUCUUGAGGCUGCAGUAGAAGCUCAUUGAUGAUGGUCUCUCACUUCGGGUCUGAAGGUAAAAGUAUAAAUGGAAGGUACAGGUCACUGACUUCGGGGGUCCUUCCUGUUCCUCUUGCCCCCAAAGCAAUGCAGAAAUGCUUUAUCCUGCACACUUGAGCUUUUCAUAUUUCUGUAGUGACAUGCUACGAGUGGCAUGCUGUGCUUAAACAUGGAUUCUGCCCACUGAACAAAAUGAAGUUGCUGGGAAGAGUCAGCAACCGGCUCAUUGGAAGGGAGGCCUGGAAGAAAUCAAGUGGGAGCAUGACCUUGAAGGUUUCCAACAAAGGAAUGACAUUUUAACAACUUUGUGCAUGCUAGAGGAGAAAACAAGGAUGUGACCAAAAUAGAUUCCAUUCUAAAGGCACCAGCUCCACAGGACAAAGACCAAGCUCUCAAGGAUGGACUAAGCUGACACCCAUUCAUGGGCAAAACAUUUCUACUUAUUCCAGAAGCCUUCAGCUUUGUUAAGGAAUGAAACGACAGAGGGUCUUGAAUUUUGAACUCCUUUUGCUCUGAAGAGUAGAGAUCGUGCUUCUGCUUCACUGAUGAAUUUGAAAUGAUUCUCUGAAUGUUAGUAACAUUCUCUUGUUACUACUGCUUGAAAGAUAUGUGAAAUUUGGUAUAUUGCAUUCCUUUCCUUCAUCAGGCAUCAGUUCAUGGUUUCAUCAGGAAAGCAGCCCUGCGCAGCUGCAUAGAGUUCACUGCCUUGAAGAAUACAAUAUGACUAAAAAUUCAAGUGGACUGAAAAGAAUUAUAUUGUUUUGGCCUGCAUUGCUGAGUAUGUGCUAGUAACACUACACAGCACAGGUGUGAGCAGACAAUACACUUCCAUUUCUAAACUAGCCUGCUUAAGAAGUGCUAGUAUUAUCCCAACAGUGACUAUUAGGGUUAGACAUGGGCUAAUUAAAAACCUGUGCAGCUGGGUCUCGUCAGCAUUAAUAAUUACUUGCAUCUCUUUCCACCACCUUUCACUCCCUCCUCCAUCUUCUUUCCUCCUCUAACAAAAAAAAAAAAAAAGUAAUCUCUGUGCAUGUAUGUAAUUACAGGAAACAUUAUGCAUUAUUAAUGUGGCUGCAGCAGACAGAAAGUUCACAUUUACUGCUUACCAGUGUAGAGGUAAGUUGUAGCUACUGGCAACAGUCAGCUUGCCCGUGCAUUAGAUAAUGAGACAGUUUCCAAGAGUUCCAACUGAAAAGGCUAAAUAAUACCAGCUAUUUGGAAAAGCACAGAAGUUGGAAGGUAUGAUGCAUCUGAAUUUACCAUUGAGAUGGACAACAAAGGGCAACCUGUAAGAAUUAUUCCAGGAAAAAUUAAGUUGCAACAAUUAGGUUGUGCAUUUUCUUUCAUCCAUGAAUGGGAUUAUGUUCAAAAGCAAUUACAUGAGCUGGAAGUCUACAGAGGCUGGGCAAAGAUGAAACAGGUACAGAUAGUACCCCAUGAGAGGAAGCACCCCAAAUAAAGACCUUUGUGAUGCCUUUUUCCUACCAAAACAACAGUGUUCACAGUGAGCUGGAAAAAGUAUGCAUGUGAUCUCAAGGAAUAUCAGACGGGUCAGGCCAGAAGUGCUCAUUUCCUGGCACACCAAACAGUGACCUAUGAUUACAGACAUGUAUCUGUCAAACUGGUAUCUGUACAUUAAUGCUGAAGAAAUGCCUUUCAGAUUUCAUUUUCUGUUGCUCUGUACAACAUAUUAUGGUCUACAGAACAUGGAUACAGAGCCAGAACUCCUGAAAUGAAGGCUUAGAACAGCAGAAACAUACUGUGUGACUUGAACAAGCAAUAAAGUUACAGAUUAGAUACACGGAUUAAAGUCACAGACACUAAUUCAGACCUGCUUCCCCAGUGGGAUGCCUUUGCGCAGUUUCAACCUGAGUCACAACGCCUUUUUCCCCUCCUCAAGGAGUUCCUUUCUCUGUAUAAAAAUUGUAACUGCUCUUGAUAAAGUGCCUAAAAUGUAAAAACUAUAAAAAGCAGCAAGGAGCUGUCCUAAAGCUGAAGAGUCAGAAGCUUCUCCUACAGACUGCUUAUGUAUCUCACCAAUUUAAGAGAUCUGUCAAAAAACUGAAGCAGACCCCCUGCCCAAUAUGUCAGAGGAGAGGUCUCUGGUCUGCAUUCAGAACCAAAGGGCUCGCUAGCAUGAAAUUUGGCACACAUGCAAUGUUAAAGCUUUGUUAUCCCAGGUCACUUGCAUGUUACUGAACAAGCACUGCAAAGGAUUGUCAUGACACCUACCAUUUGGGUUGCAGUCCCUCGCUUAACCCUGCUAACUGCCAGAACCUCCCUAGUGGCUUCAGGCCAAAUAUUUAUUCUUCCUACAAUGGGAACAGUUGGGCAUAAUGGAGAUUAGGGUGAAAAAGUCUUGCCUUUGUAGAUGACUUUCUCUGGUUUGAGCGACAACAGUUAACUAUGACCUUUUCAGCUACCCACGGCCAUUGACUAUUUCAGUUCUGAAGACAGGCUUUUUAAUACCACUGUGGGGAACAGUGCACAGAUGACAGAAAAAUCUUUUGGUAAUUAUUUGGGCUAAUCCUAUUAGGAAAGAAAGGCUUUCAAUUGCAAAAGCAACAAAAAAACCUUCCAGAGAAGGAGCCCAGCACUUCAAAUUAAAUCAACAUGCCCAUCCAAUCCAGGAUAGCCUGAUUAUUAUUGUACAUAAGAAAGGUUGUGUUAACUGAAAUGAAAAAAUAUUUAACAUUUUAAGAAGUUUAUUUAACUUCCCUGCUUCCCUGUUUGUAUUUUAUUUGCACUUGACUAGACCAUGGUUCUACUUGUACAUUUUGCAAGUAAGACUUUUUACAGAAUGACACAAUUUUAUAAGGAUUUUGCUUAGGCUCCAAAUUUAUGCUAUGAGAGAGGAUGCAAUUCAUGUUCCUAAAAUUUUCUCUUAUUUUAAUGCUGUGGUACCAUGACAGUGGUAGAAUUAACUCUUUCACGUGCUCAUCAGAAAUUCAGCUAGAGUGUUUAAAAUGACAGUAACUUGAUUUACUGAGCAAUAAGAGGAAUUAUUCUUCUGUGGCCACCAGCCAAACAAGCAAUCUUUUAAUAAGGCAUGUGCAGUCACUGCAUUUCCUUUAUGAGGGAGGGAGGAAAAAAAGGAAGCCAGUCCAAAAAAACAAAAGUUAUACUCAGGCACUUAAAAUGGACCUAACUUGGUAAACAGGCAGAUCUAACCAUGAACCAUGUGACCUUGGGCAUUUUCGUUUGCUUUCUCACACCUGCAACUGUAUGUGUCUCUCCUGCAUUCCUUACCCUAGAGGUUCCUGGAUGAACCAGGAUCUUGCUCAGAUCCUUUUGCGAUCACAGACUUCACCCAACGUGUUAAUAGAAGCUUUUGGUUGUAUUUUAAAAUAACCUGUCAUGGCUACCCUCUUCUCUCCCUUGGGAGUCUUCUUUCUCUCCUGAGAUCACACUUCCAACACUGGCACGAUAGACAGUUUCAGCAAGAACUUUCAUGCUCCUCUUGCUGAAGGAAGUCUCCAAUAUUUUUGCAGGAAAUAAUGAUACAUUUUUUGCAUUAGAGAUGUGAAUGUCACUGAAGCUUUUUUUGAAGACUUAAUGAACAGAGAAGACACAUGGUGAACACACUCACAGAAAAAUAGUAGUGUAUUUGCAUUCAGAUGAUCAUAGUUUAAUGCUUUUUUUUUUUUUUCUUUUUUCCUUCCUUACAACUUCGUGGAAGCUCCUCAAAGGCAGGAUCUAGGAGAUGGACAGAAGUAGAGACAACUUCCCAUGCUCCAUCUUAGUCAUCAUCAGCAUGCUGGCUGUCUGCCUGGCUUCCUACUCAGCACAUGAUCAUGGAACAGCCUUUGGCAACUGUUUGGACUAAUACUUGCAAGAAAUAAUUUUCGUUUUAAAGCAUCAAAAGUCUUCCAGGGCAUCCAUUGGGAUUUCUGCACAUGCGUUUCAGAAUUCAUGGGCUGGUCCCUCAGGAGCCAACUGCUGGUCUGGGAUUCCCAACCUACAUUCAUACUAGUCCUAAGGCGUGUGCUUAAGGCCGUUCAGGAAAUUUUUCCUCUGACCAGUGUCUUGUUAAUAUCCAAUUGCUAGACAGCAUUUUUUGAGAAUAAGAGUAUGUCAUUGUGACUGUUGUCCCUAUGAUAUGUUUUUGCAUUUGCAGAUGUUCAACCUCCCUCAAGUUAGAAAAAAUAUAAGCAGGAUUGCAGAUCUGUUAAAGACUAGGAAAGAAACAGUUUGAUGCCUGACCAGCACCACCAGUUGUGUUUACCCUGAGCAUGAGUGAGAAAAUGCAGGAGAAAGAGGCAGAUGCUUUGUGGGACCUCUCUCCAUUUAUUUAGCAAAUAUACAAGUAACUCAAGACUUCUUUACAGCCUCUCACAUAAUGAAAACACAGCAAAAUAUUUUUGUAAGUGGAGGGAAAUAUUUUCAUAAGUGGUGAGAGAAUGUGAGAAUAUUUAAUAAAAUCUAGGGCCAUCUGAAAAGUACAUUGCUGCUGUCAGUAAUUAAUGCAUGAGUUAUAAAACUCAAAUAACUAGUUUUGAGCCGGUCUUCUUUUGUAGAGCUGUCUUUCUAGCCGAGAUCAAACACACUAUUUAGUGGAUCAAUCCCUUUCCCCUUCCCCACAAACAUUCCUAUUGAAACAUCUACAUUUUCUUAUAGUAACAUUAUGCAUUGUGUCUGAAACUGACAUGAUCAUGGAAAUUCCCAAAGGAAUCUCAAGCACAGCUCAUGUUGCUCUUGCUGCACAGGAAAUGCAACCAUUCUUACUCAUCCUUCCUCUAUAAUGAAGAGUCAGAUUCAUUGUCUUGCUGUGCUGAGGAGGAAAUUGCUGCAUAAUCUCCUUUCACAGCUAGACAAUCCCCUCUUUCCAAAGCAGGCUAAGCAUGCAAAUUCUCCAGACAUAUUUGAUGAAUUUCUAAUCACAGUGGGUGAAACAACAGGGCAAAGGUGAGUGUCAGUGACAGAAGCCUUGUGCUAAUGCCCUGCUGAAGACAUUGUUUUCCUUGUAUAUUUACCCACAUAUUAAUUGUGGGUGAUACAUAUUAAUUGUAUCUGCUCUGGGACAACUAAACCAUAAUCAGGUCAAGCUGCGGCCAGCCUUAAGAUUUGUUAGAAGUCUUGAAAAGACUGACAGGGGGAUAUUUCUCAGUACUUCACAAAGUGAAGUGCAAAAAGAAGCCCCCCAAGGCUUCCCAGUUUAUGAUAUUACAUAACCAGGGUAGUGAAGGGAGUGCCUUUAGACAGGCAGAGUAUACCCUUCCAUCUCUUGAGCUAAGAGAAGAACUUCUGUGGACUGUGAGGAGCAGGCCAAAUUACGCCUCUGCAGCUUGUCACGUGAUUUUACAGUCCUUUGCAAUCAGAUUUUCCUGUAUGGGGAAUAGACACAUUUCUUUUUUCCAGGUGGAUAUAGAAAAGAAAACUAUAUCUGCCAUCAACAAGCACUUAUUUGCUUAGGCCCCAUUCAAGUAGAGUUCUUAGGGAAAUUUUGAGAAAAUAUUUGAUAGCUGCAUGGAAAAUAGGAAUAUUCCUCCUGCACUAAUAAAACUAAAUGUUUCUUAUGCCCAGGCUAAUAAAUCUCAUCCUGUAGCAUAUAUGUUAAUAGUUAAGCGCAGGAGGGCGAGGAUAAUAUUUUCUAGGCAAUGAAAUAAGUCAACAGUUUUCCACGAGGACUGUUUUUGCACCUGUCUCUCCCUUUUUGGCUUUGCCCACAGAUAGUUGACAGAAAUCAGUAAAGUACUGACAUAUAAAUUGGAGAGGCCAAACAAGGUUACAGAAAGUAAUAUAAACAAGAUUACAGAAGAGACAAGACUCCUUAUAAACCUAACUAGACAAAAAUAGGAGUCAGAAAGGUUGAGUCCCCUCUCCUGAUCACAAGUAUGGGAGAAAACUCAUUCAGCAAAGGCAUCAUCUUUUUGUUGUGUCUUUCCCCGAGUCCUUGAGGCACCAGUUGCCACCUGUGGCUGAGACAAGAACACAGGGCUUGGUGGGCACUGGGGCUGGCCAGCAGUGGAGGCCCAGGGGUCUGCCAGCGGAACUUUGACCUCAGGGCAAAGAGAGACACCCCCCUGAAUGCAAUGGUCUCGCACAUGGGCAUUUGCAGGCUCAUGUUGAUGCAGCAGGUCUUGUUGGUGUCACCCAGCUCAACUGCCGUUUUUACCUUAUAUGCACUCCCCCUAGAAUGUUCUCCUCUCUCUUGUCCCCUAUUGGGUCGUGGCUUACUGUAUCACUCUGCCCCUUUUUCCCCCAUAUAAAAACCCUGUGUCCUCAGCCCCAUUUUGUCUCUCUCCCUGGACCCUCUCCACCGCAAUAAACAGCGUCUGGAGUUCCACACAAAGACCUGUCUCUCGCCUCCUUUGUCAGCAGUUUAAGCAAGCACGCUCCGGGCUCUGGGAGUGCAGGUUGCUCAGAGAGGCUAGUUGCAGACACGCCACAACAGCCAGCC